CAGUCAGUUCCGUGUUAAUCUGAGCUCGGGGUAUCCAUUCCCCAAGCAGGAACAAGGCCGGCAGUCGCUCUUCGCAUUGGUCGCGGUCCCUGAAACAAUGAAGGGUCCCCAGUGCCCAAGUGUUGGUCAGGGCCCGCAGUGCCUAACAGAGGGCAAUGUGCCGGCAGUUGGUUCCGGGUCGGCCAGGGGCCGUGUUUCCGGUAGCGGCGAAGGGCACAGGACCAAGGAUCAAAGACCCAACUAAAAAGCUGAAGGGCCGGAAGAGAAUAUUGUGUGUCGCAGGAGCGCCGCUUCGCUGGAAGAGAAAGUCGUUGCGGCUGGUAACUGCUGUGAGGUCUCCCUGCGCGUGCUGACCGCCGACGCCGAACCAUGCCGUGGAAGCCGAUGUAUCGCUCGGACGUGCGCCUAGAAGGCAAGACGGUCGUCAUUACGGGCGCCAACACUGGCAUCGGCAAGGAGGCGGCGCGCGACCUGUACGGCCGUGGCGCGCGCGUCAUCAUGGCCGUGCGGACGGUGUCGCGAGGCGAGGCGGCGCGCGAGGAGAUAGAGGGGGCGGCCGAGACCGGCGCCGGCCAGCUGGAGGUACGCCAGCUCGACCUCGAGUCGCUGGAGUCGGUGCGCCGCUGCGCCGAGGAGCUGAAUGCGGCUGUGGAGAAGAUCGACCUGCUGAUUCUGAACGCCGGCAAGAUGGCCUGCCCGCGCUCCGAGACCAAGGACGGCUUCGAGAGCCAGCUGGGCACCAACCACCUGGGCCACUUCUUGCUGACGCACCUGCUACUUGACAAGGUGAAGGCGGCCGCGCCUUCACGCAUCAUCGUGCUCAGCUCGCUGUUCCACAAGAUGGGCAGCAUGCACUUCGACGACCUGCAGCUGAAGAACAACUACGGCCCCUGGAAAGCCUACAAUCAGAGCAAGCUGGCCAAUGUGCUGUUCGCCAGCGAGCUGGCACGCAGGCUGAAGGACAGCGGUGUCACCACGUACGCCGUGCACCCGGGCUGGGUGCGCACCGAGCUGGCCCGCCACCUCUCCGUCUGGACCAAGGCGGUGCAGGCGCCUGUGCAGUUUCUCGCCAAGUCGCCGUUGCAGGGCGUGCAGACGACGCUGUACUGCGCGCUGGAGCCGACGCUGUCGGCCGAGUCGGGCCAGUACUACGCCGACUGCCGGCGCACGGCGCCCUCCAGUCGGGCGCAGAGCGUGGAGGACGCGCGCCGCCUCUGGGAGGUCAGCGAGCAGCUGGUCGGUCUGAAUCGCUGACAGGGGCUGAGCCGGGCGGUGGAGCACGGCAACGGCUGCUCCUCCGCCUCGGGCCCGCUGCCUGAGGUGCAGUGACGGCUGUCCUCGGCUCCUCGUGCGGCCCGCAGUGACGGCGGCGCCGAGAGCGCCGUCCGUGACGUAAUUGCUGCUGUGACUGCUGAGAUGAGGAGCGCGGCCAGGGCCGUCACUGCUUGAACUUUGGUAGCGGCGGACCGUGGGGCCGGUCCAGAGCCAUGCUCUGCUGCAGAGGCCCCCGUGGCUGAUGAGCCGCAGCCGUGAACACUGGCUUGGACUGAGUACGUGACUGAGGUGUGCGGGGGAGGGGGUGUCACGUGCUGCCUCUAAAGUGUUGUGCCGCUGACUGCCGUCUGCCGAAUGGAGAAUGGCUCGUGAGUGACACACGGCUGUCGGCUUGCCGCAGACCGGUAUUGGCCGGUGGAUGAACUGGCCAAAGGGAAUCGAUGUCGUCUGUCUGAUUUCUACUCAAACAUGCUGGGGUAGUCACACCUACUUAACAUCGGCGCUUUCUCUAUAUCUGCUGCAAAUGUUGCCUUGUGAAAGUGUCCAGUUUCUGAUCAUCAGUUCUGAGAAUAAAUGUGUGAUGGACUUAC